CCUCUUGCUCUUUGCUGUCUCCUACACCGUGCUGUUUCUAGCUCUGAGGUCGCCACGGUAGGCGGCUCUGUGACUGCGCAAGUAUUCGGGCUUGGAGAGUUUGGCCCCAGUUAGGCCAGGCCCACGGUCCCUCGGUCACUCCAAACCUGGCCGAAUCCGGGUGCCGAGCCCUGAGAUUUUAAGAGUGGAGGCGGCGUCCCUGCGAGCGACUCAGCUCGCACCUUCUCGGUCCUGGUGGUUCGCAGCGAUGGCUCUCAGCUUCCGGACAGCUUCGUGCUGGGUAAGUAGGGUUUUCUCUUGCUUUUUAAAAGCAGACUGCACACCUUGGGUGGCCACAUUCAUCCUUACAUGGUCACAUCCAGGACCUGAUGCCUCUUAUCUUUGUCCACACCUGAUGCCCCUAAACCAGAAACGUUCGUUUUGAUAUUUUGUGUGCUGUCUUUAUACUUCGUUGACCGCUGUGGGCUCAGAAUUCUGAGAUUUCUUCUUAAGCACUGGCUUUUCUUGUGUCUUAUGCAGACCCUUAGGACUUUUGGGGGGGGAUAUUACUCUUCCUCUUUCGUAUGUUUGUGAAAACGCUCAUUCAUUGUCUUUUGUGUGUGUGCGGGCCAUGAGGCUGGUGCUAACAAUGGGAAGAUAAAUGAUGUGUUCCUUGUUUUAGAAGAGCUGUGGUCUAACAGGAAGGGUAAUUGAGAAGGCAGUGGACACAAUUACAGGUGAUGGACAAGAGGCAAGAGAGGAGCUCGAAGGUACAAAGGAUAAAUGAGACGUUUGGGCAAAGGUAAUGGAUCCCUGGAGGUUUUUAAAUGAUUGAUGAACUUGAGAGAGGGGAGAUAUCACCCUGCUGCGAUUGCCAGGGGUGGUAGUAAUGUUUCCUGAGACUAGGAACGCAGUUAUAUGUGCGUCUGCAGCUGCAGUGGGCAGUGUAAAGUACAGUAUAUAUGGGUUAAAGGAACUUACAUUCACAGAAGCUCAGAGUGAAUGUGACCAACUGAAAUCCUGAAGAGCACCGAGGUGAAGACUUGGGAUAAUGACAAGGAAAGGACCCCUGAUGAAGGGCUGGAGUGCAAAAGAAGUGAGAAGGAGUGGAAUUUCUCAAAAAUUUAAGAACUUCAUAAGAGCCAUGAUAUGAAGUGCUACAAAAAAAAGUUUGUUUGUUACAGUCAUGGAAAGCUUACUACUGUUAUGCCAGGACAUUUUCUAGAGCAUGCAGGGCUGAUGACGACUGACAGAGUCUGUGGCCACAAGGAGGAUAACAGGCAACUCUCAGAGGAGCAUCAAUAAACAAAAAGUUGUGAGUGGGAUUGUUGUCAUUCAAGGAUGUGUCCAUGGAGUUCUCCUGGGAAGAGUGGCAGCUACUUGACUCAACACAAAGGCACCUGUACAGGGAGGUGACCCUGGAAAACUACAGCAACCUGUUAUCAGUGGGGUAUCAUGGUACUAAACCUGAAUUAAUCUUCAAGAUGGAACAAGGAGAAGAGCCAUGGAUAAUAAAUGCCAAAAUGUCCACUCCAAGCUGUGCAGGUUGGCAAGAAUGGUACCAGAAGAAUAAAGAUGAACUUGAAAGUGUUGAGAGAAGCUAUGUAUGUAGUGUGUUUGGAAAACUUCAUCUAAGCAAAACCCAUGUUCCUUCAGGACAAAAGCUGUAUAAGUACAACACACAUGGGAGAAGUUUGAUGAAACACUCAGGUUUAAGCAGAAGUUAUAUAAGAAAGAAUCCUGAUAAAUUUCGUGUUUAUGAGGAAUCAUAUUUUCUUACGCAUCAGAGAGUUCAUCACAUAGAAAAAAACUGUGUGUGUAAUGAAUGUGGGAAAGCUUUUCGUUGUAAGUCACAGCUCAUUGUCCAUCUCAGAAUCCAUACUGGGGAGAGGCCUUAUGAAUGCAAUAAAUGUGAGAGAGCCUUCAGUGCCAAGUCAAACCUUAAUGCCCACCAGAGAGUUCACACAGGUGAGAAGCCCUACUCGUGCAGUGAAUGUGGGAAAGUCUUCUCUUUCAGGUCACAGCUCAUCGUCCACCAGGAAGUCCACAUUGGAGGGAAACCCUAUGGGUGCAGUGAGUGCGGCAAGGCCUACAGUUGGAAAUCUCAGCUCAUCUUACACCAGAGAAGUCACACAGGAGUGAAGCCCUAUGAGUGUGGUGAAUGUGGGAAAGCCUUUAGCUUGAAGUCCCCAUUUGUUGUACACCAGAGAACUCACACUGGAGUGAAACCACAUAAGUGCAAUGAGUGUGGAAAGGCCUUUAGGAGCAAGUCCUACCUCCUGGUUCACAUCCGAAUGCACACAGGAGAGAAGCCCUAUCAGUGUGGGGACUGUGGGAAAGCUUUUAACAUGAAGACACAGCUUGUGGUGCAUCAGGGUGUCCACACAGGAAACAACCCUUAUCAGUGCAGUGAGUGUGGGAAAGCCUUUGGCAGAAAGGAGCAGCUCACUGCUCACCUGCGAGCCCAUGCAGGAGAGAAACCCUAUGGGUGCAGUGAGUGUGGGAAGGCCUUCAGCAGCAAGUCCUACCUUGUUAUUCACAGGAGGAUACACACUGGGGAGAGGCCCUAUGAAUGCAGCUUGUGUGAACGAGCCUUCUGUGGGAAGUCACAGUUGAUCAUCCACCAGAGAACGCACUCGACAGAGAAGCCCUAUGAGUGCAGCAAGUGUGAGAAGGCUUAUCCAAGGAAGGCGUCCCUUCAGAUUCACCAGAAAACCCACUCAGGAGAGAAACCUUUCAAGUGCAGUGAGUGUGGGAAAGCCUUCACUCAGAAGUCCUCCCUCAGUGAACACCAGAGAGUACACACGGGAGAGAAGCCAUGGAAGUGCUCUGAGUGUGGGAAGGCUUUCUGCUGGAACUCAGGGCUUCGCAUCCACCGGAAAACACAUAAAGGUGAGAUGCAAGUGAUGAAGUGAGUAUUGGAAGCCUUCUCACAGAAGCGGACAUCCCAGAGACCCGUGUGGUUGUACAGAGUAAUAGGCAGGAUAUGCUAAAGAUAGACUCACACAGUGUAAGUCAGGUGGAGAGAGCAGUCUUUUGGGAUGAAUGUGUGAACACUGUCGGUGCCAGUCACACAAACCUUUGCAGACAGGAGAAUGACAGGAAUGAGAAGUGAAUACGCCAAGCAUAGGUGUCAGUAUGAAGAUCUGGGAUGUUCAUACUGAGGUUUAUUAAAUCAGCGAAGCAUUUCCCAUAGAAAGGUGUGUUUCAUGGAAAGCUACAUUCUAGAUUUGAAGCUACGUUUUUUUAUGAAAUAGUGUAAAAAUCUUAGAUAAGAACAGUUGACUUUUCCAUGAUGUAUAAGGUUUUUCAUUUUGUUUUAAUAUGUAAAUAAAACCACAAGGAACUUAUUCUGAAAAUGAAG